AUGAAUGGCCCUAACAGGAAUGACAGAGAGGCCUCUCAAAUGGGAAACUUGAACGAUGGUAGAACUGUUUCCACCCAGUCCAAUGAUAACAACAAACAAUAUUCUCCAAACCAAAUAGAGAGCCUACAACAAAUCCCGAUAGAGGGCAAAGGGGAAAAUCAUACAGUUCAAGGAAGUGUACAGCCAUUAAAGGGGAGCUCCCGGUCGGCUGAUCACCUGAACACAAACUCAUUGCCGAUGGCAACAACUCCAUUGUUUCUGGAACCAGUUUAUCCAGACGAUCCUGUCUCCAUGGACAUUUUGAACACAAAUACAGAUAUAAACGGAGAUCUGAACAAAGACUCUAUUAUGCAUUCAAUGAUGCCAAGUCUUAGCUUGAACACUAUGGAUAAAGAUGAAACUACUAAUUCUAAGAUUGUUCCGCUAACUUCUGACAGUAUCGGUUACGAUGCAGAAAAUGGCUCCACUAGUUCAACUUUCGAAAGUAUCAACCAGAUUGCCAAAAAAUCGGAAAAAUCUCUUGCUGAGCUUACUAAUAGCACUGAAAAAUCGCUAGCUGCUUUGAAAAAGCCUAAAUUGAAAAAAACGACUCUAGCCCCGGCAAAGAGACCUGCCUUUGUGGUCAAAUUGUGGAAGAUGAUAAAUGAUCCAGAAAAUGAGAAGUACAUGACGUGGAUCAAGAACGGUAACGCAUUUCAGGUAAAUGAUAGAGAAAAUUUUAUGAAGUAUGUCUUGCCUAAAUAUUUCAAACAUAAUAACUUUGCAUCAUUUGUGAGGCAAUUGAAUAUGUACGGUUGGCAUAAAAUGCAGGACGUUAAUUCUGGAUCAUUGGCACAAACAGAGGAAAUCUGGAGAUUUGAACAUCCCAAUUUUCGUAAAGGUAGAGAGGAUCUACUUGAUAGCAUUGUUAGAAACAAACCUGGAAAGGAUAACGAAGAAGAAGAUGUGGAUAUCAAAGUAUUAAUGGAUCAAUUAGAGAAGAUGAGACAGAAUCAAAGGGCUAUUUCGGACGACUUGAGAAGAGUGAGAGAGGAUAAUGAGAUGCUGUGGAAGGAAAAUUUCAUUGCUAGAGAACGACACAAAAUUCAAUCUGAGACGUUGGAUAAGAUAAUGAGGUUUUUGGCCAGUAUUUAUGGGAAUAAUACUUCCAGGCUUUUAGAUCAAGUGAAUGAUCCAAAUACUUCUGAUUUGGUUUCCCAUAAUAACAAUGUUCAGUAUGGACCAACGCAAGGGCGACCAGAUUAUAACUAUUACAACCAAUAUGCCUCUCCAAACAAUAACUCUAUGUACAAUGGUUACCCCAAUAAUAAUAACAUGAAUAAUUCCAUUGCGUUAAGAGGACAAGUUCAAGGAAAAGGAUACCCACAAUCUCCACGUGUAUUGCCACAGUCAGUAGCUACCAGGCAACAAGCACAUCGUAGGAGCAAUACUCCUCAGACUUAUAUGAAUUCUCAGACUCCUCAAAGGCAACAAACUGACCAAUUAUAUACAGUACAAACACCAUAUUAUGAGGCCUCUCAGUCAGUUGCCUCUUCUGAAAAUCCCGUGCAAACCAAAAAAAUGUUACUUCUAACAAAUAGAUCUAACAAUAGUUUGUCUUCAUCGUCCACCCGUAGAACAUCUAAAAAUCCGAAUGAAUUGAGGAUGAAAAACGUGGGAUAUUCUGCUUCAACAUCGGAUUCUACUGAUUCUAAUAUCCAAGAGAUUCACAGAGGUCCAGAAAACAGAAAUUCACAAAUCAAUGGGUACUCGCAAGUCCCAGAUUAUGUCAACAUGCCAAGGCAGUUUGGCGGGCAGGGGCAAUCGAGGAUUGUUCAUCUGAGUCCAUAUGACAGUCAAGAUAAUGAAGGGCUGCAAUUUUCUCCUCCUACUACUGGUGGGUUCAAUUCCAGGAAUCCCAAUGUUCAAGGAGAAUCAUUAGCUAGAGAUAAUGUUGAUAAUGUAGGACAAGAACAGGAUCCUCUACAGAAGUAUGUUGAUGAUGGCUAUAUAUCAAUGAAUAACACACAAAAACUGACUCCGAAUGAAUACAUUAUACAUCAGCCUCAGGCUCAAAGAUUGUCUCGUUCGGAAUCCCAGUCUAACUCAGGAUCUGGAUCAGAUAUGGUUGGAACACCUAUUCAAAUAAUGGGUAAUAUUCAUCAGCAGCUAAGUAAAAACCAAGGCGCAUUGAAACAAGUCAAUGAUUGGCUAAAUAAGUACAAUGGUGGGGCAGAGCCAGACAUGCCUGCUCCUGAUGAUUUCAAAGUUGAUGACUUCCUGAAAGGACCGUUAGAAUUAAGUGUUGCACCAACUCCUAUUGAGUUCAAUGAUAAUGAUUUUAUCAAUGUUAAUACUCCGAUUCAUACGCCCACCAUUCCAACGGCACAACUGAAUACACGUAUUCCUGGAAAUGUUUUAAAUGUUAGUAGCAAGAGACCAUUGAUACAUGAUGAUUCCAGCUUAGAUUUGGAUGAACAUUUGUUGAAUUCUGGAACUGUACAUCCAGAUCCUAAGAGAUUCAAACCUGCAUAA